AUGGCGACCACCCACGCGACAGACAGCAACGGGACGCCGAAGAAGACUUCCACGCCUUCUCGAGGGACAAAGAAUGUCCUUUCUUCCCCGGUAGGGCAAGCGCUGCUGGCUUCGCCUUCCUCGCGGCGCAGCGUAGGGCCCAGAGUCUCCCCGCAGGCCUCGCCUCCUGUCGACGUGCUCGGCUUCUACGCCGGGACGGAGGCGGAGCGCGAGAGACAAGAAGAGCAGUGGAACAACUUACUCCAGUUGUGGAGCAGAGAUGGGCCGGAGGAAGAAAGAGAGCUCGCCCUCCAAACCCCGCAUGACUCCAAGAAGGACCUAGUUUUCUUUCAGCUCGAUAUCGCCAAUGCGACAGUUCACCGGAAGGCUGUCCCCGCCGCGGUCCGCACGCGACAUCGCGCCCUGUCUGUCUCCUCGGCCCCGCCUGCGACCCUCUGCGCCUCCUACGAGCCCGAAGUGUCUCCGACUCCAGAGCCUGCGGCGGUGCCGCCCGGCGCCCAGGCGGCCGAAGCGGCGGCGACCGCGAAUGCGACGAGUCCGAUGUUUCGCGUCUACGGCGUGACUGAAGACGGUCGCUCCGUCUGCGCCAAUGUCCACGGCUUCUUUCCGUACUUCUUCUGUCCGGUCCCUGCGUCGAUUCAAGAAAGCCUGGCGCGCCAGCCUGGAGGCGGCGAAGGGACGAAUGCUGUCACCGCCCGUUUGCGGGCCUUCCUGGACGCCUGGCUCCUCAAGACGCAGGCGUCUGCGAAGGCUUACGAAGUUCGGUGUCUCGACGUGCGCAUGGAGAAGAAAGAGAGUUUGAUGUACUACGUUCCGGGGCAAGGUCCAUCCCUGUUCUUCCGCAUCACCCUCGUCUUGCCGAACUGGGUAGCGCCGACGCGAACGCUGAUUGAGCGCGGAAUUUCUAUCGAAGCGUCGCUCUCGGGGCCGCCCCCGCCUGCCGUGGCGUCGCCAGUUGCCGGGAAUGGGGACAGCCGAAGUGCGGCGCAAGACGAAGACUGGCUGGAUGAGGAAAUCGACGACGCCGCUGGAACGCCGGCGGCGCGACGGCCUGCCUCUGAGGCUCUGCAAGCGGCGAACGCCAUCGCAGGUUCAGGCGCAGGGGCGAAAGUGUCUCUCCCGCCUUCCACGUUCGAGUCCAACGUCCCGUUCGUCCUUCGAUACCUCGUGGACACCAAGACGACCGGCUGUUCCUGGCUAGUUGAUAUCGAGUGCGUGAAGCUGAAGGGCGAGGGGUUUCCGGAAGCGGAGACAGAUCCAGUGAUUCAGAUUUCUUCGAUCGUCGUGCUUCAGAGUCCGCCGACCGAGCGGCCGGAGCAUGCGGAGGCUGCGAAUUCGCCGGCAGCGCGCGCCGCCCAGGCGCGGCAGAAGCGACUGUCGGGCGGCCUCGAGCGACCGGUCUGCCGAGUGCUCUUCGCGCUCAGAGAAUGCGCCCCGAUCGCGGGAUCCGUCGUUCUGUGGUUCGACGACGAAAAAGAAAUGCUCGCAAAGUGGGCCGAGUUCGUCAGACAGGUUGAUCCAGAUUUCCUGUCAGGGUACAACUGCGUUAACUUCGACUUGAACUACCUCAUCACGCGAGCAACAACCUUGAAGGUCGACGGCUUCAACAGGCUAUCGAAGCUAAAAUCUCUCGAGAGCAAAAUUCGAGACAGCAGCUUCUCCUCACGAGCCCUGGGAACGCACGAAGGCAAGGAAAUCCCGACUGAAGGCCGGAUUCAGUUCGACAUCCUCGAACUCGUUCGCCGAGACUACAAACUGAAGAGCUACUCUUUGAACUUUGUCUCCUUCGAGUUCCUCAAAGAACAAAAGGAAGAUGUCCACUACAGCAUGAUUGGCGAUCUGUUUCGCGGGUGUCCCUCCUCCCGGAGACGCAUCGGCGUUUACUGCUUGAAAGACGCGUACUUGCCGCUUCGGCUGCUGAAGGAAUUGCUGUUCCUCUACAACUACGUCGAAAUGAGCCGCGUCACCGGUACCCCCCUCAACUUCCUUCUGACCAGAGGACAGCAGAUCAAGGUCACCGCGCAGUUGCUGCGCAAAUGCAAAGAACUGAAUUACCUCGUCCCAGUGGUUAAGCGCACGGGCGGCGACAACUCCGUGCAGUACGAAGGCGCCACCGUGCUGGAACCGAAAAAGGGUUUCUACGACAAACCGAUCGCGACUCUCGAUUUCGCCUCUCUGUAUCCGUCCAUCAUGAUCGCGCAUAACAUCUGCUACAGCACUCUCGUUGCCGCCUCCGAGGCGCACAAAAUGACCAACCCAGACGACGUUACGGUCACCACGACCUUGCCCCCCCACAAAUUCGUCAAGGCGCACGUUCGCCGCGGAGUGUUGCCGAUGAUUGUCGAAGAGCUUAUCGCGGCGCGUAAGGCGGCCAGGAAAGAAAUGGCCGCUGCGAAGGACGAGAUGACCAAGCAGGUGCUUAACGGCCGACAACUCGCCCUCAAGAUCAGCGCAAACAGUGUCUACGGAUACACCGGUACAACUACGGGAGGCCAGCUUCCGUGCUUGGAAGUGGCGACGACUAUCACGUGUUUUGGACGCGACAUGAUUGAUUUUACGCGCCGCGAAGUCGAGAAGAUGUUCUGCAAAGACAAGACGCGCGCAUGCAACGCGACGGUCAUCUACGGCGACACGGAUUCCGUGAUGGUGGACUUCGGCGACUUUAGCAUUGCCGAGGCGAUGAAGCUCGGCGAGGAGGCGGCGCAAGCGCUCAGCGCCAAGUUUACCAAGCCGAUUCGCCUCGAGUUCGAGAAGGUCUACUGUCCCUUUCUGCUCAUGAACAAAAAGCGCUACGCUGGCCUGUUGUACACGCGCCCGGAGAAAUACGACAAAAUCGACUCAAAAGGCAUCGAGACAGUCCGGCGCGACUUCUCGCUUCUCGUGCAAACGAUGGCCGAUACGGUUUUGCGCAAAAUGCUGAUCGACAAAGACGUCGAAGCGGCAAAGGAGUACACCCGAACGAAGGUUGCAGAGCUCCUCCAAAAUAAAAUCGAUCUGAGUCUCCUGGUUCAAACGAAGAGUUUGGGGAAGAUGGACUACGACACGCGCCUUCCGCAUGUCGAACUCGCGAAAAAGCUGCGCAAGCGAGAUGCCGGUACGGCGCCGUCUGUGGGCGAUCGCGUCUCCUACGUCGUCAUUCAAGGGUCCAAAGGUCAGGCGCAGUACGAGCGCGCAGAAGAUCCGCUGUACGUCCUUGAACACAACCUGCCGAUCGACACUCAACAUUACUUGGAGGGGAUCAAAAAGCCGCUGUGCCGCAUCUUCGAAGGCGUCAUGAGCAACCCGGAGAGUCUGUUCUCCGGCGUGCACACGAUGAAGAGAACGGUCAGUAUCUCGACGCAAGGCGCGCUCUCGAAAUUCGUGCAACGCGGUCUCCAGUGUGUCGGUUGUCGUGCGGUGAUUCGCGAGGGAGCGCUUUGCCGUCACUGCCAAAAAGACGAGGCACAGAUCGUGGUGAACAAGCUGACGGAGAUGGCGGAGAAAGAGAAGGAGCACUCGGACUUGUGGACACAAUGCCAGCGGUGUCAAGGCAGCUUGCACCAGGACGUGAUUUGCAUCAAUCGCGAUUGCCCAAUUUUUUACCGGCGCGCAAAGGUGAAGAAGGAGAUAGGCACUUUGGAAGAACGCCUCGCGAACCUUUCGCUCUCCAGCGAUUGGUGA